AUGGCUGCAUUGCAGGCAUUCAAUCCAGGCACAGUUGUCAUGUGGGACAUGAUUCCGAAUUUGCACUCUACCUCAAUCGGAACUGAAAUGUACAUGAACUAUGUGUUCUGGGCAUUUAAACCUGCAAUAGAAGGCUUCAAGUAUUGUCGUCCAGUGAUAUGCAUUGACGGCACACACUUGUACGGGAAAUACGAAGGGAAGAUUGUUGCGGCCACUGCAGUGACUGCUGCGGACAAGAUUGUACUUCUUGCCUUUGCCGUUGUUGACAAGGAGGUGAUCGAGAGUUGGGGUUGGUUCAUUACUCUGCUUAGGCGACAUGUGUGCCGUGACCGAGAGGGGGUCACAUUGAUAUCCGAUCGACACACAGCUUUGCUUAGUGUCGUGUCAAGAAUUUGGGACAAUCCAGCAGUUCAACCAAGAGGAUACCAUAGGUAUUGCUUGCGACACGUAUGUAGCAAUCUCAAUGAAAGAUUCGGCAAUACAGUAGCGAGGGAUCUUGUGUGGAGAGCUGGUUCUGCACGGCAAGUGCUGAAGUUUAACAAGAUUAUGAACGAUAUCUACAAGCUCGAGAAGAAUGCUGAACGGUGGUUUAGACGGAUGGACCCUAUUCAUUGGACAUUGUGCCAUGAUGGUGGUUGUCGUUGGGGCAUAUUAACGACAAACCAUAUAGAGGGCUUCAAUGGUGCACUGAAAGGCGCAUGCAGUGUUCCCAUUACAGCAUCAGUUGAGAUAACUUUUUAUCGGCUCGUGAAAUAUUUUGACGAGGGCAGGACCAUUGCUGAAAAUGCGAGCCAUCGGGGUCACUUGUACACGGCUAAUGUUCAACGAUGGAUUGACGAGCACCAAGCUAAAGCGAAUGUGCAUAUGGGAAUAGGGGAAUAUGAGGUGAGGACAGCACCGCAUGGGAUGGGGGGUGGUGCUCGUCAAAUAGUUAGUCUCCGACCACCGAGUUGUUCAUGUGGGGAGUACACAUUAUUUCACUUGCCAUGUUCCCACAUGCUUGCUGUGACUGCAGAUUUGGGCGAGGACCCUUUUCCUUUCGUUGCACCAGAGUAUAGGUUGGAAGUCCACAAGCGUAUCUUCGCGCAGAAGUUUAGGCCCAUGUCGCACGAGCACUAUUGGCCUGACAAUGAUUACCCAACUUUGCUUGCUAUUCCAGCUCGACAACGUGAAGUUAAAACGGGUCGUCCUCAACAUAGCCGCAUACACAACGAAAUGGAUACUUCCAGACAAAGUGGAUUGCACCAUUGUAGUUUGUGUUUGCAAAGAGUGCAUGAUAAGAGAAAAUGUCCAGCGAGAAUCCGCUCAAUUCGACAGUAG